CACUUUCAGAAAAAAACAAUAGACUGGGCAGCACCUCAGCCCGGGAUCGAACCCCAUCCAGGGUUUUAACUACACCCAGCCCUGAUUAGCUUUAAUAUGUCACUGACUACUACCAAUAUGCUAUUGUGAGAAUUAUUAUUGAGAGAUCUCUUAAUAACAAAAUAUGUUCCGUGUUAAUAUCGAAGUCAUUCUAAGGGGUAGGUUUGACUAAGCAAGUCUUUAUUUUUUUAACCCACCCCUUUUUUCUCCCUACCGACCAAGCCCUCCCUAACGACACUUGGCCAAUUGUGCGUCGCCCCACGGAGCUCCCGGUCGCGACACAGCCUGGACUCUGAUGGAACAGCUGGCGAUGCAGUACAGCGCCCUGAACCACUGUGCCACCCGGGAGGCCCAAUCUCUAGACCUGCCUGUCUGUGUGGUGGAGGACCACCUGACCUCUGAAGCUGUCAAUGAGAUGCAGAGCAAUUCUACCAGGAGCAGAGCAACCUCAGUGAUGGAAACCACAGAAGAGGGGAAGCUCAACAAUGUAGAACAUCUGACACUUAUGGACUUCCUUCAAAACCUAACUGAGAAGCAAUGGAGGGGGAUUCGUGAGGGCAUGUUUGACCCGCUGACAAAACAACAGCUUGCCGGCUUGUGUCUGAGGAUUGUCCAGUUUUUAUCGGACAAGCUGAUGCAGAUCAUCAUCCCAGGUCUUUACGAACUACUGGGAAUCCAAGAUACUGCCUCCUCUCCAUUGUCACAGAGAUCUCUCACAGCGUCACUCACCAGUCUGUUAGACGAUAAGACGAACACCAAGUCCCGCGUGAGAUUUACUGAGGCUGGUGUACCUAAGAGGCCAGGCAGUCGAAAGUCUUACAAUAGCUUUCGCAUCCCGACUCCCUACCCUUCCUCCAACUGUAUGGAUCAGGAAGAGGAAGAAGAGCAGGAAUCACAACAACUUAAGUUCAAGGAGAUUUACCUGACUAAGGAGAUGGGCAGUCUGGGCAGUGGAAGCUACCUGCCCAAGGGGGCCAUGAGGACUCUAACCUCUCUGUCUGAUGUGCAGAAGAAAACAACCAACUCUGAGACGCUACAAGUCCUCUUAGGUGUCUCAGAGGACACCCUCGUCACCUGUGUGCAGGACAGCCUGCAAGGUUCUCUCUCCAAACUUGCAUGCAUGUCCAAUUCUCCAUCUGGAAGUGCAGGCUCUAUGAUGCUAACCCCUGCUGUAAUGGCAAAGUUGGCUAAAGAUGUCAAGUCGGCCUUAUCAGUGGUCGUUAAGAGUGCCUCCGCUAGCCAAACCUCUCUAGUGACACCGGUAAGGGGAGACUCACAGACCAAGGUGACUGAGAGCAUGGUGAGAGAGCUGGCUGCUAAACUUGAAAAAGUUGACCAAGAGAGCAAGAGUCUAACAGGGCAAGUCAUGACCACCAUCUCUGACACAAUGGUGGCUUUUGUUGACGAGAACGAACAGAAUUUGCUGGAAGAUCUGAAGGACAAGAUCACAUUUUUGGCAUCGCAUGUUGGCUUCAUUGAGGAUCUUGAUGCCCUGAUAAGAAAAUACGAGAGCAGCUACAAUAUUAGUGAAUCUGGUUCCUCCUGCACGCUCACAUCUAAGAGCAUCCAAAAACUCUCCAGCCGGGAGUUUCAAACAUCAGCAAUACAAGCAGUGAGUGGAGUUCUUGAAAAAGUCAGUAGUUUGAGCUUUCCUAGUUCAGUCGUUCAGUCUGAGUUAACAGGUGCUGUAUCAGGUCAAACAUUGUCUGGCAUUGUAAAGACAGAGUCAAUUCACCCAGUGGGCUCAGCAGCGUCAGUAGUUGUUAAGACUUUCGUGUCAGAUAUGAAGUCAUUGGCUGAAUCUGAAGAGAGUCCCCAACAGAAGAGUGCCUGGUCUGCUGCUGUUCACAUUUACCACAGCAUCCAAAACAACUUGAAAGAUUAUUUCGGCAAGCUUCAGCGAUGUGCCUUAAAGAGCAUUGUCACAUCUGAUGAUAACAUCACAAAUGCUGAGUUUAAGGAGACAGUUCCACUUCCUUGCUUAAACAUGAAAUAUAGGCCCAGUAAGAGUGAGCCUCAGUUGCCAGAGUCCACUGGUGCAGUUACUUUACAAAGAGGCCUAAGUGAGAGCUCAAAACUUCUUUGGGCAAAAACUGAGUCAGAAGAAAGCAAGCUCCUUCUGACAACUUGCACCAAAGAAGUCAUCUCAGAGCUUCUGGUCUUGUACAACACUGAGAUGUCAAAGGAGGACCCCCUGUACACUGUUGGAGAAAAAGGAUCAGGCUUCUCUUUUGAGAGAGAGAAAUUUGUAGAGGGUGUUCUGGCUCAGCUUGGGGAUAUCUCCCAUUCCAGGUCCUCAUCGCCAAUAGUAUGUGACUUCCCUCUCAAAUUGAGGACAGCAGAAGUAAGGCCACAGCUUCUUUGA